AUGUCAUCGUCCAACCCUCCAGAUACAUCAUAUCUCGACUCACUUCGAGGUCAACUACCCGAGGAGGACCUCGACAAGCUGCGGGACUGUGCAGCCAAGAAGCUGUAUCAUCAGCUUACUGUGGAGUGCUUGAGAGUCGUUCGCAACGAUAGUGCCUGGCCUUUGGGUGGCAAGACUAAGGCUGAGUUCUGGGAUAAGUUCAUGGAUCAGUUCUCCACCAAGAUGAACACGGUGGUCAUGUUGGAGAUCUUGGAGCAAGUCACUGAGUCCAUGCCAGCCUCUGAAGGUUUGAAGUUGACAGAAAAGUAUGGCGAGAUGGCUUCCAAGUCGUCCAAGGACUCCCAAGUGGCAUACGACUCUCAGAAAGCUAUCGCUCUCGUUAGAGCUGGCGACAUCAAGCAGGCUAGAGAGAUAUUAGAUGCUGUUGAAGAGCACCUCAAUGACAUAGACUGGUCAUAUGGUAUCGAUCCUGCGGCUAGAAGCAGCUACCACAGGGCUGCCGCCUUCAUGCACCAAGAGAGGAACGAUCCCCCGAGUUUUUACCGUGAGUCUAUGCGGUAUCUGCUAUACACUCCACUAGCCGCUAUCCCUGAGAAGGAGCGUGGCCCGUUAGCUUUCAAGAUUGCAGUAGCAGCCCUGAUAUCACCCAAGGAGUUCGGCCUCGGAGAUCUCUUGCAGCAGCCACUUUUCUCUGAGUUCCUCCCGACCUGUGAGCAGUACUCUUGGGUCAUGGAUUUCGUCCAAGCUCUUCACGAUGGAGUCUUUGCGAAAUUUGACCAAGCGAUCGCGGACCACAAAGCGAAGUGGGAGGCCGUACCAGAGCUCAAGAAAGCACUCGAAACCGACCUCAAACACAAGAUGUCUCUAUCGGCUAUGAUGGAGAUGGCUUUCCAACGACCCAAAAAACAGCGUUCGGCGAUAUCUUUUGAUGACAUCGCGAAGGCAUGCAGAGUUGGAGACGACCAAGUAGAGGAUAUUUUCCGCAAGACCAUGUGCGCUGGUUUGAUAAAAGGCAGUAUUGAUGAAGUUAAUCGUACUGUCAAAGUCACUUGGGUGAGACCAAGAGUUCUCGACAUGCAGAGGCUGGAGCUCCUCAAAUUCCGUUUGGAGGGAUGGUCACAGCAGGCUACACAACUCCUCCAAGAAGUGGAGGAACUAACUCCUGAGUUAUUGGUGUCGUGA